AUGUUAAAAUUUCAAGAUAAUAGUACAUGUUAUUGUCGAGGAAAAGGCAUUCUCAAGUUUGAUUCACUACACUCUGCAACAACUCAUAUUCUACGAAUGGGUGAUUGGGAUUGUCCACGUUGUUGGAAACUAAAUUUUGCUUCCCGAUCCGUAUGUCUCAAAUGUGAACAAACGAAAUACAGUAGCUACACUCAGGCUGCUAUGUCAAUAACAAUAUUACAUUCUUCGCGUACACUUCGUGAUUCACAGAUGAGCCAAAACCUUUUCAUGGUGGAAAAUACAAAAUAUAGAUGA